ACUAUGAAUAGAGGGUGCUGAGAAACCACGUGUGAAAACAUGGGUAGUGAGAAGAGAAUGAAAGUUGCUCGAAAAGCUACGAAAGGCAAAGGAAAACAGUGGGAAAAUGGACAGAGUAGCAGCAGCAACCCAAAAACUAGAAAAUUUAGAAACCAAGCUCGGAGCAAGUUUUUUAACUUUAAUCCCAUUCUAGGUAAUGGUCAGUUGACUGAGUUAUCUUUAGCUCAACAUGAUGCCUUACAAAAAGACAAGAGUACCUUUGAUGCCACUGCCAUGGAUGAAGACAGUGAGGCAAAAAGUGAAGGAGGAAAAACCAUUAACACAUUUGCUUCCUGUUGGUCUGAGUGUUCAAACCCAUCCUUCCAGAGAUUACUGAAGAACUGGCAGGCAAGCUCUGCACAUCAUAAGGAGAUGUUAGCUGUUUUGGCAGCUAUUACAGAAGUUAUCAAGAUAAAAGAGGGAAAAGAAACUGAAACUGAAUAUUUUGCAGCAUUGAUGACCACACUGGAAACAGUUGAAACGGAAAAAGCUCUAACAGCAGUUGUGUCUCUUUUGAGCAUGGUCAUUAAAAGGCUUCCACCUAGUGUGCUGAAACUGAAGUUUUCAGAAACUUCAAAAGUGUUUGUGAAUCUUCUUGGAAAAUUUAUCAAUUCCAACCAUAAUGCACUUCUUCGUGGGCUUAUAGGUUGUUUGUCUACCCUUCUGCGUGCUCAAGAUGCUGCAGUUUGGAAUAACUCAUCUACAUUACAGGUCUACAGUGUUCUUCUGAAUUGUAUUACUCACUCCAAGCCAAAGGUCCGUAAAGCUGCACAACAUUCUGUUUCUGCCAUAUUGAAGGGAAGUACAAUCGUGACAUCAACACAGGCAACUGCUCAUCACCCUGCAACAUCUGUAACAGCCAACUUUUGCAUUGAAAAGAUUGAGAAAUCUGGAGGAUCAGGAGCAGGAGCAACAUUAACAUUACACAUAUUAUGCCUUUUGAAAGAAAUUCUGAUGAUCUUUCCAUAUAAAAGCUUGAAAGCUGUAUGUGAAACAUUGCUUAAAGUUAUGACACUGGGAAAUAUGCUUGUGACAUCAUGCUCUCUUCAAGCACUGUAUGGACUGUUUGCUGGUAAAUCUUCCCCUACCAACCUUACGGCUGAGCUUAAUGCCCAAAUUGUUAUGGCACUAUAUGACUACCAACCAAGUAUUAAUGAUGCACAAUCUCUGAUUGCUUGGCUAACAGUGAUGUCUGUGGCAUUUCAGAACCUUCAAAAGUUAGAUUUCCAUCUUUCUACAGUCCAUGCUCCAAAAUUAUUUUCAACAGUAGUACAGUGUUGGUUGAGUGAAAAAACUGAGGUUUUAGUGGCAGUAACAGCCAUUCUUCAGUUAUUGAUUAACAAUUGCAUCAAACCAUCUGUGGAGGAGUUAGAAGCCAUGAAUGAAUCUGAGGCCGUUACUUUUGUCCAAAAGGUCUUUCAUCAUUUAGAAGCUGCUUUAAAGUAUCAAUAUCAUGUUGCUUGGGGAGAAGUGAUAAAAGUUUUAACAACCUUUUUUGAGGGAUUUGGAAAGACGUUUCAUCCAGUAAUGAAGAAGGGCCUACAAUCUCUGGCAGACCUGCGAGACACUUUUCGUUUCCCAUAUACAGCAGAAUUGGAUCGUGCUAUGGGGGCUGCCAUUAAGACAAUGGGUCCAGAAACUGUAUUGCAGAUUGUUCCUCUUCAAAUCGAUGGAAAGGAUGAUAACCCUGAAUUUCCAAGAAGCUGGCUUCUACCUGUGUUGCGUGACUAUGUUCAAGAAACCCAACUGGCAUUCUUUACAAAAUAUUUUCUUCCUUUAGCAUCAGUUUUAAGGGAAAAAUCUUUGGAGCUUGAGAAGAGUGGAAGAAUUGUGGAAUCUAAGACAUACAGUGUUCUACAGACACAGAUUUGGUCUCUCCUCCCUGGUUUCUGCACACAGCCUACUGACCUGACAGAGUCCUUCAAAGGAAUUGCCAAGAUUUUGGGACUGGCUCUAAGUGAACAUCCUGAUCUUAGGCUUGAUAUUCUGGCAUCACUUAGAUUAUUGGUACUUAAAAAUUUAGAAAUUGAAGUAAAUAGGAAUGAAUUGGCACGAUAUGCAAAGAACUACCUGCCAAUUAUGUUAAAUCUGUACACAUCUGAGCCAGAAGAUAAUGAGGAAGGCAUUAGGCUUGCUGUUUAUGAAACAAUUAAGGUCUACUUGCAGAUUACUGACAGAGAGUUAUGCAGUAGCUUGUUUGACAAAUCUUUACUGAAGUUAAAAGAAUCAGACAUUACUUCCUUUAGCAGACAUGCAGUUUUAGAUUUGACUAGAGCUCUCCUGCUUUAUGUCAGUGAAGACCAAGUGAAAGAAUUAUAUUUCUACUGCAAACCUUUACUUCAACAUGAAGACCACACCAUACAAAAGAAAGCAUACCGUGUGCUAGAAGAGUUGUGUCAGGGUCAAAGUGAAGGCUGUUGUUCAUUUGUCCAGCAAAAUCUGCAUGAUCUUCAAGAAUUACUCAUCGAUGCUUUAUCCAAGUCUGUUCCUUCAGCAAAAGCUCCAAGACUUCGCUGUUUGCUUUAUGUUUUGGAACAACAAACAAAACCAAAUAAAGAUUUUGUAAUGAGAAUCUUGCCUGAGGCUAUUCUCUGUGUCAAGACAAAUGCAGAAAAAGCAAGAACAGCAGCCUAUAACUUGAUAGUGGAAAUUGGCAAGGCAUUUCUUCGAUGGGAUAGAGAAAAACCAAAAGAAACUCUCAGUGAAUAUAUGCAGCUGCUUUUGGGAGGAUUAGUUGGAACACCCCAUAUGAUUAGUGCCUCUAUCUUGUCUAUCAGCAAAGUUCUCUAUGAGUUCAAAGACCAAUUGCCAUCUGAACUGGUCCAUUUACUUGUUGAAAACAUGUGUCUUUUGCUGACGUCAAGAAGCCGGGAGGUUGUUCAAUCAGCACUAUCUUUUGUGAAAAUUCUCUUUUCAACCCUCAGUGUGAAUGAUUUAGCUCAACAUGUAGAAUUUUUGGUUAAAAGUUUGGUGAGUGUUUCUGAUGAAAGUCAGAGACAGCUACGAUUCAAGACUAAAGAGAUUUUUAUUCGACUUGUAAGAAAAUUUGGAUAUGAAAUGAUUGCCAAAAUGGUUCCCCCCAUACACUGCAAGAUGUUGAGUAACAUUCGAAAAAUAGAAGCUCACAAGGCUCACCAAAGAAAGAUGAAGGAAUCUGAAAAAGAAAGGGAGGAAGAUGAUUUUUUCAAAAUGAAAAAACAAUCUGAAUCGAUUGAAGAAAUACUUCAGGAUACAGAUGAUGAUUUAGAAGAGGAAAUGUUUAAUAAAGAAAGACCAAAAAAAAAAGCAGUAAGAAGAUUAUCUAACAAAGUCAAAGGAGCAACUUGGAUUGAGGAACAUGCAGAUAAGGAAAUUGUUGAUUUCUUGGAUCCAUCAGCAAACAAGAAAGUUAUGGGAUCAUGCAGAUGUUUUCCAUCAGGGUCCAUUGAGCUGGUAAAGUUGUCUUGGCGUUAUUUUCAGAAGCAUACAUCAUCAGUGCUCAUCACUGUUCAACUUUCAGCCACCAAACCAACCAUAUCAAAACCCAACAAAACAGAUCAUGGAUUUAAAACUUCAGCUGAUGGGAGGUUGAUAAUUACAGAAGAAAAGAAAGAAUGGAAAUCUGAAGAUGAGGAUAUAGAAAAGUUGAUGGAAGCCAUGGAAAAAACAUUCAAAAGUAAAAAAAGAAAAAUGGAUGAAGACAAUGAAGAUGAACCUCCAUCCUCUAAAUACCAAGUUGUGAGCAAGGGUAUCCACCGUACAUUUAGUAAACCAAAUAUACAAGGAACAGAAAAUACUUCCAAGAAGGCAGGUGGUGAUGUGAAAAAGAAAGGGCAACACGAUCCUUAUGCUUAUAUCCCUCUGAAUAAGCACACUUUAAAUAGAAGGAAAAAGGUCAAACUUGCUGGACAGUUCAAGAAUUUUGUGUCAGCUUCUAAAAAAGGUGCACAGAAAGGAGCUAAAAUAAAAAUAAGAAUGAAUAAAAGGGGGAGAAAGUAAUUAUUUAGUUGCUUUUUUAAAAGGGUGUGUGUUAUAGAGCUUGUUUAUUUGGGAUGUUAUCUAAACAUGAAUAAAUCUAAGUGUACAGAUACUCUUCUUUGUGAAAUUAUUAAAGUGUAUGCUAUUCA